AUGGCAGAUAGCAAAAGCAAAACUCCAAAGUUCCUGGUGGGCCAGGCUGCUGCGAGACAGUUGCAAAGAGAGCUGAACAAGUCUACCAAUCCAGCCGAGACGAUAUCAAGCUUUCAGCGCACACGCUCGCUGCAUACAAUGCUUUCCAAGGCAUUUGGCACCUCACCAGCAUACACAACUUCAAAGAAAAAGACAGAAGUUGAAUCAUUGGAUACUGAUCCUGUGUUGGUAUUCUUGACCCACUUGGGUGUGAGUCAGUAUGAUGUGCACAAGCGAAUUGCCGACACACUUCAAAAACAACUCGAAGAUGAAAUUCGAAAGGUCACCAAUCAAGAGGCUCUUCUGCACCUACUAAAGAACUGCUGGCACUAUGCAACAACUGUUCCAGAACUUCGCCCUAUCCUGUGGGGUCUUCUGAAGCAGCUUGGAGAUAGGACGCCCCUAACUGUUUUGAAAGCACUAGCUGAAGACGACGGUGAAGGCAAACAGAAGCACGAAGAAAUCUUUCGCCCAUUGCCGCCACUCCUAAAGCGAUUAGUAUGGGAAGCUGAUUGGGACCACAAAAUGCCAAUCGAAAAAGAGAAUAUCGAUAACCCUUCUGAGUAUUCGAAACUAGUACAGUCUACGUUGCUGUUCAAGACAGUGACUCCGCUUGUGGAAGAGUACACAAGCAAUGCCCACUUGAUUGAGUCAGCUAAAUUGGCAUUUGCAACCAGCGUUCAUGAACGCCGGAUUCUAACGACCCAACGACGAGCUCUCGCCCAAUCCACGACGACAAAGUCUUCCACCCCUUCCUCGACUGCUGCCCUCUUGCGAGGGAAGGGGACAAAUGCUGGAACUACAACUUCGAUUUCCAAUGAUAACUCACUUUCGUCCGGAAAAGCAGUGUCUCGAAUAAGAGAUCUAUUGAGUGACAGCAGCAGCGGUUCGAUAUCCUAUCGCCCAAAGCUCUUGCAUGGCAUUCUAUCUAUGCUGAUGAUGAAACAUGGUACAGAUCGAGGAGUUCUAACUGACGUAAACUUGCAUUGUACACUUGUGGCUGACAUCCUACUUUCGGCUGGGGGAUCGCUUCCGAAAAUAUAUCAACCCCUUCUUACACUUGCGAGAGCUUUGGAUGAUGCAGUGAAAAAUGGCGUAUUCUCAGAAAAAGACUUGAUGAAGGUCCAAGGAGCUCUGAAACUGAUAUUUGCAGCAGAUGGUGACAAGACGUCCAGUGAAGAGGAGACAAAGAAGGAGGGUAAAGGUGAAACAGACGAUUCAAGCACUUUCAAACCCAAUACAUUCUUGAAGCGACAGCUGAACAGGAUCAUCACAGCUGGUGUCACCGCGAUGAAGGAAUCGGAUCCGCAGAGCUUGUUUUUGAACCCCGUAACUGAUAACAUUGCACCUGGGUAUUCCAAAGUUAUCAAGAAACCGAUGUCGUUAACAACAAUCCAGGAGAAAAUUGAUAAAAAUGUCUAUAAUUCGCUCCAGGAUUGGGAGGUUGAUGUGAAGCUCAUGUUCAAGAAUUGCGCGGAUUAUAACAAAGGACCGAGUGGAAAGUGGUUCCGUGACGAAGCAGGCCGCCAAUUAAAAGUAUUCAAACAAGAAAUCUUUUCUCAAGCAAAGAAGCUAUAUAUGGUGGAGGUUCAAAAGAGAACUGCGGCGAACGAUGUGGCGAAACGAAAGCCAGAAGACGAAUCACCGAACGUAAACCCUCUCCAACCAAUGAACAAGAAAAGAAAGCUCAAUCUCGAAGACUAUUCUCUCAGUAUACCGACAUUGGCGUCAAUGCUAUUGAGCGACCCAUUUGUCGUGCGCCUCUUGCUCGACCACGUCUUGCGAUCCCUUAGAGUUGAUGUCCUCAGCGGGUCGUCAAUUCCAGCUGCACACAAAACAAUUCCAUCAACCUUGCAACUGUUACAUAUUGCGCAGUGGUCAAGUCAAUUCUGUCUUGUAAGGGGAAAGCGCUACUUGGUGCCAGAUGCUGGUUUGAUGGAACCGCGGGAUUCCUUUCAUGAAGCUAUCAUACCUCAUUACUCCCUUCGACGGUAUCUCCCUCUUGUCGUCCAUCUAAUGCUGGAAGCAAAGCUUGAUAAACGGCUAUCACCUGGUGGCGACUUAGUCUCGGUAUCACAGUCAGUGCCUCGGCCACCUGCCCCUGUGAUUGAACCUGAAACCAAGGCGUAUUCUCAGGUUGCAGUUGCCCUCCUACAGGGUGCCUUUGUUUACACUUGCCUACCCGGAAACUCGCAAGAAACUUCUCUUGCUGUCACAUUUUCGAAGUUCUCGCAAUCGUUGUUGAGUCUAUUACCCAAGGCGUGGGAUGAGCAGUCGUUCUUUGCUUGUCUAGUGCCUUCCAUAUUGCGCCACAAGAGUCGAUUGAAAGGUCCUGUACGUGACGCAAUACUCACUUCCUGGAUAGAAUGGCUCAGUGAUUCCAAGAUCAACGGGGAAAAAGCCAAAAUUGGUUCUAUGCUAUCUCCAGCGCACGAGUAUCUCCUCAUUUUGCUCAAUGAGUGGUCAAAGUUUGGCAAUACCCUUGUCUCUCGUGAUAUCCUCCUUCUACAUGUACCCCAGAUAGUUGAGACAGUAAAUGCAACAGAAUCCGAUCCAAACCGGAAGCUUUCAAGCCUAUGGAAGGCAACUGACACGAAGGAAGAUUUCAACCGAAUCAAACAGCAGUACGAACGAAUCCUCGGCUUACUGCCGGACGUCAACGACAGUGUUUGGCUUUGCAACAUCGGUGGGCAAACUGAAGGAGGCAGCCAACAACCGGAAAAAACACAAGUAUUGGAAGAAUGA